AUGGUGCGUGUCUUUCUCGCCUCGUCUCUCAGUCUCGCGCUCGCCCAUGCGCUCGACACGACAGCACCACCCACUAACGCGACGGCGACGACUGACCUCGACGAUGCCUCUGUGCUCAAGCAGUUCCAAGCGUGGCAGGCCUCCCCCGCCGGCCAGUUUGCUCGCAAGCAAGGCCUUCUGGAGAGUGCGGAGGCCGGUCCCGACCCGGUUCGGCUCGCCGCGUUCAAGGAGACGCUCAUCACGAUUGCGGAGCUCAACCAAAAGCACACGAGCGCGACCUUCUCGGCCGACAACCCGUUUGCUGCGAUGACCAACGACGAGUUCGCCACCUAUAUCAAGCGCGCUGGCGCCGACGUCCAAGCUACGGCGGACCCAUCGCGCCUCGAGACAUCGACCGCAACCGACUCGAUGGACUGGGCACCGUCUGGGUGCGUCGCGCCUGUGAAGGACCAAGGUGUGUGCGGCUCGUGCUACGCCCACGCAGCGGUCGCGGCCGUCGAAAGCGCCAUGUGCCUCUUGAGCAACCCGCGCAAACUCGUAACGUACUCGGACCAACAGCUCACGAGCUGCGGUCCCGGCGGCUGCACCGGUGGCCUCUCGUUGCGCUCGCUCAACUGGAUGCUGGCGAAUGGCGUGUGCACGCAAGACGCGUACCCAUACAGCAACCAAUUUACUUCGGUCACGGAGACGUGCAAGACGACGUGCAGUCCCGUGAAGCUACCGUUCACAGCGCUUGGCAAGUCGGUCGGUGAGAAGGAGCUCGAGACCAACCUGCGACGGCAACCCGUCGCGGCGACGAUGGCCGCGUCCAGCGCCGUCUUCAAGAACUACCAAAGCGGCAUCAUCACGUCCGGCUGCGACACGGAGAUCGACCACAUGGUCCUCGCCGUCGGCUACGGCAUCGACGCUGGUCUCCCGUUCUUCAAGUUCAAGAACUCGUGGGGCACGUCCUGGGGCGAGCAGGGCUACUUCCGGCUACAGCGCGGCGUUGGCGGCGUUGGUACGUGCGGGCUAGCGACCGGCGGUGACUUUCCGCAGAUUGCGCCGCCGACAUUCGGCUUGGCGACUGCACGCGGUGCUUUUUGGACGAUCGACAGCGCCCGGCAGCGCAUCAAGCACCGGACGCACCCCAACUUGUGCCUCGAUGUCGACCCAACGCAGAACAACAAGGUGCAGGUGUGGAGCUGCUACGACAACGCGCCCAACCAGCGCAUCGCGAUUACCGAAGAAAAGGUCAGACUCAACGCGUUCAACGGCCGGUACCUUGUCAGCGGCCAAGGCAUUUUGCAGUUUGUGCAGAUCUGGGGUGUCCCCUUCGAGUGGGUCGUCAACAACGUCGACAUGACGUGGCGUGCGCGCUCGGACGGCGGCGGCGACAAGUGCUUGGACGCAUACGAAGCCCGGAACGGCGGCACCGUGCACUUGUGGCCUUGCGACUCGAACAAUGCCAACCAAAAGUGGCGCUUCGACGCGGCGACCGGCCAGCUUCGCCACGCGACGCACACUGGUUUUUGCCUCGAUAUGGCGACGACCACCGGUGCGAAGCCGCAACUCUGGACGUGCAACACGCCCACCAACGACUUGCAAAAGUUCACCUACGAGUCGCUCAGCUUCCCGCAGUAAAAAUGUCCUCUUUAUUCUUGAAGCCGAGAACGUUAUUCUCCAUCCAUACGAUUUGCACUCAGAAAAUAUACACAAAAUAUAUCAAUCAUUGCUGUA